AUGCUGUUCUUCUGUCUGUCUUUGUCCCUGUUGUUCCAAUCAGGUCUUCCCAUCAGAGUGAUCCAACCAGUGAGACACAUCCUGGCAGACAUGGGCUCUUCCAUAAGGAUGGACUGCAAAGCGUCGUACAAAAACCUCUGCAUCCUCACACAGCUGCACCGCGGAGCUGGGAUCACAGUCUCUGCACCAAUGUGGCUAGAGCCGGAGCCGGAGCCAGUAUUGGAGACCACACAGGACCUGGUUGGGGUCACAGUUUGGCCACUUUUGGGAGAAUCUAUUGGAACCAGGCUCACUGUUCUUGAAAAGGACCAAGAGAUCACUCCCCCCACAGUGGAAGUCUUUGCCCCGUCUGAGAAGGAGCGUCCGCAGAGAAGAGACGGACCCAAAGCCAAGACACUGGUGUGUGUGGCCAGAGACUUCUACCCGGAUCAUGUGACCGUGUCCUGGCAGGUCAACAAAGAUUCCAGAGUACACGGGGUAUCUACAGACACUGAGCCCCAGAGGCAAGGCAAGAAAUACACCAUCAGCAGCCGCCUCAGGGUGACAGUGGAAGAGUGGACACAGCCAGACAACAUUUUCACCUGCAUCGUGAGCUUCUUUGACGGGCGAGAGAACCAAGUUAUCAAAGACAAUAUUCGGGGCAUCAAGAAACAAGAAGACAAUAGCUGGACUAGAGAGGAAUAUCUGAAGAUGACCCAACAUGCAAAACUGUCCUACACCCUCUUAAUUGCCAAAGGUGUCGUCUACGGGCUCUUUGUGGCUUUUCUGAUCUGGAGGGUUCAGGCUUUAAAUGGAAAACAAACCUGA